AUGGCAUCCUCUGCCACCCUAUGGAUUCUGCUGGUCUAUCCUGUUGCGUGCCACACCAGCAUUCAUGGCCAAAGCCCCGGAUACAACGUGGCAGCCAAGAAGGAGAUCAGCUUGGAAGGUGACCUGGUUAUUGGGGGCCUGUUCCCAGUCCACGAGAAAGGAAAUCCUACAGAGGAGUGUGGCAAGAUCAAUGAACAUCGUGGCAUCCAGCGCCUUGAAGCUAUGCUCUUUGCCCUAGAUGAGAUCAACAAGAACCAGCAGCUUCUGCCAGGCAUCACCCUGGGAGCUCACAUCCUAGACACCUGUUCCAAGGACACCUAUGCUCUAGAACAAUCCCUGGAUUUUGUGCGUGCCUCCCUCACCAGAGUGGACGGCUCUGAGCACAUCUGCCCUGAUGGGUCCUACGCCAUUCAUGAUGAUGUACCUACAGCUAUCACAGGGGUUAUCGGGGGCUCCUACAGUGACGUCUCCAUUCAGGUACCAUUUGCAAACCAGGAGGGAGCUGGUGGGAAUGUGGAGUGUGGUGCAUAG